CUCUCAGAUCACAGAGCUGAGGGAGGCUGAAGGUGUGUGCAUGUGCUAACUCUCAUAAGCUCAGCAGGCUUACAGGAUAACUUCAUGGCUGCUGGGAUCAGCUUCCUGACUGAAAGGUGUAGACAAGCAACAGCUGGGCUGACAGAUCUGAAGCGCUCUGGAUUUCACAAUCAUCUGGAUUGAUCUCUCCGUGUCUGAGCAGCUGCUCAUGAAUUUCGUUCUCAAUUUCUACUUUUUCUCAGAUCAACCUGAACCUCUGUGUUGCUGGAGCUAGCUGUUUUAGUCCCACCAGGCUGCACUUCUGUGUCACAAAGAGGCAGCGCUGGGGAGACAGGUGCUCCCCGUGUCCACAGCUGGACUGCCGCCCUUAAAGUGUUCUGCACCUGCUGAGACCUCCUGGACAUUCCUUGCAUUGCCUCUGGGAUGGUGUGACUUGCAGCCAGCUGUUGGCCACCCCACGUUUGGGUCAAAAUGCCUGUCAUGAAGGGCCUCUUGGCCCCUCAGAACACAUUUUUGGACACCAUUGCUACGCGUUUCGAUGGCACCCACAGUAAUUUCCUGUUGGGCAAUGCCCAGGGCCAACGGGGAUACCCCAUUGUCUACUGCUCAGACGGUUUCUGUGAACUGACAGGCUUCACAAGAACAGAGGUGAUGCAGAAAAAUUGCACCUGCCGCUUCCUGUAUGGCACCGACACCAGCGAGCAUGUGGCCCAGCAGAUGGAGAAGGCUCUGGAGGGCCGACAGGAGUACCAGGCUGAGGUCCACUUUUACAAGAAGAACGGUGCGGCCUUCUGGUGUCUGCUGGACAUCGUGCCCAUAAAGAAUGAGAAAGGGGAAAUGGUUCUCUUCCUAUUCUCAUUCAAGGACAUCACUGACAUAUACGGAAAGGGACUCCAUGCCAGCAAGAGGGAGGUUUCAGACAGCAAAAGGUGCAGGAGGAAGAGCAGCUCUCACUUCCGUGAGGCCAGAAAGCGUGGACACACCAUGCUGUACCAGCUGAGCAGCCACUUCUCCAGAGGAGGAAAAAGAGACGUCAACCUGGGAGGAAGCAUGGUUGACAAGCCUUCAAUACCAGAGUACAAGGUGGCAGCAGUGCAGAAGUCACGCUUCAUUCUGCUCCACUAUAGCGUGUCGAAGGCCCUUUGGGACUGGCUCAUUCUGCUGGCCACCUUCUAUGUAGCUGUCACCGUGCCCUACAAUGUCAGCUUCACACCGCACGAUGACUCCGUCACAGCUGCGCGCUCCACCAUAGUCAGCGACAUCGCAGUGGAAAUGCUCUUUAUUCUAGACAUUAUCCUGAAUUUUCGCACCACCUUUGUGAGCCAGUCAGGCCAGGUGGUGUAUGAGGCUCGCCCCAUUUGCUUACACUAUGCCACCACUUGGUUCUUUGUGGACUUGGUGGCUGCCCUGCCCUUUGACUUGCUAUAUGCCUUCAAUAUCACAGUGACCUCCUUGGUCCACUUGUUAAAGACGGUGCGCCUCCUUCGCCUCCUCCGUCUUCUUCAGAAGCUUGACCGCUACUCCCAGUACAGUGCCAUGGUGCUGACGUUACUGAUGUCAGUGUUUGCCUUACUGGCACACUGGAUGGCCUGCAUCUGGUACAUGAUUGGACGCGGUGAGAUAGAGACCAGUGACACCUGGGAAAUAGGGUGGCUCCAUGAGUUGGGCAAACGACUGGAGACUCCUUACAUUAACAGCACAGUGGGCGGCCCGACAGUGCGCAGCUCCUACAUCGCUGCCCUCUACUUUACCCUCAGCAGCCUGACCAGUGUGGGCUUUGGAAAUGUCUGUGCCAACACCGACGCUGAGAAGAUCUUCUCCAUCUGCACUAUGCUCAUCGGCGCACUGAUGCACGCUGUGGUCUUUGGUAACGUGACAGCCAUCAUUCAGCGUAUGUACUCACGGCGUUCUCUCUACCACACACGAAUGAAGGACUUAAAGGACUUCAUCCGUGUCCACAGUCUACCCCAGCAGCUUAAACAACGCAUGCUGGAGUACUUCCAGACCACAUGGUCUGUCAACAAUGGCAUAGAUGCCAACGAGCUCCUGCAUGACUUCCCAGACGAGCUGCGAGCCGACAUUGCUAUGCACCUGAACAAGGACAUCCUCCAGUUACCGGUCUUUAAGGGGGCCAGUCGUGGCUGCCUUCGCUCUCUCUCCCUUCACAUAAAAACCUCUUUCUGCGUGCCUGGGGAGUACCUGAUCCGUCAGGGUGAUGCACUCCACGCCAGCUACUUUGUCUGCUCUGGUUCUCUGGAGGUUCUUAAAGAUUGCAUGGUGCUGGCAAUAUUAGGAAAAGGGGACCUAAUUGGAUCUGACUUACCCGGAACUGAGCAGGUCAUCAAAACCAAUGCUGAUGUGAAAGCACUCACCUACUGUGACCUCCAGUACAUCAGCGUGCGUGGCCUGAGGGAGGUGCUGGAGCUGUACCCGGAGUACGCCAGUGUCUUUGCCUCCGACAUCCAUAACAACCUCACUUACAACCUGCGAGAAGGAAGCCAGGAGGAGGGCCUUGGCAGAUUUUCCAGGUCACCCAGGCUUCCUCAUCAAGAACCUAGACUUCCCUCAAUUGUGGAGACCAAGGGGGAUGACUUGGAUGACUCGUUCCAGCUCUCUCCGGCCACACGUUCCCGUCGCAACCUCCUGCUGCCCAGCUUCACCAGCCCUGUUCGCCGUACCUCGCUGGGGAACCUGUUGGGGGAUGAGUUGAGGCAGUUCAAUGCACUGCGGCGCUCCCGUUCGCCCAACCUCAGUCGUGGCUUCCUCGGGCAGAGUCUCUCCCCUCAGCCACCAUCAAAAAAACAGCACGGCUGCUCCGUGUCAGUCACAGCUCCAGCUUCUACGUCAGCUCGGGAAGAGUCAAAUGUGGAGAAGAAGCCCACAAAGCUGCUCAUUCCAACUGUCACCUGUUUUCCACCACCGGAUCUUAGCCCCAGGGUUGUAGAUGGCAUAGAGGACAAUGGGCACACAUUCCAUUUCACUGUGGAGCGCAGCGGGCCCGGCGCCAGCACAGGUGGCAGUACCCAGGAGUCCCCACAAGCUACGGCCGCUCUAUUUAUGGAGACAGAAGAAGUCAGGCAAAGCAUCAGUCAACUCAGCCUUCAGAUGAAUACAUUAAACCAGGAGGUUUCGGAGCUCACAAAGGGUCUGCACCACAUGAUGCAUCUCCUCCAGGCUCUCACACCUGUACAUUACCACAAGACUUCAUUAUCCUCCUACCCCUAUUCUGUCCAAACGGCGUCCAACCCUUCCACGACCCCAAAUACCGGCAUGCAACUCAACCCAGGUUUACUGCACUGCCUCCAAAGUGAUCCUCGGAGCCUCAAGGCCCACAGCCACCAAAGUCCCACCGCUUCUGCCCGCUGGGCCUGCAGUGGAAUGACCGAGUCCCAAACGGAGAGUCGCCGGCCUUCUACUCCACCCGCUAACACCUGUUUACCACAUUCUGUAAACCCUCUAUUUAAGCAGGGCCAAUGCCACAGCUCUCAGAACAAGUCCUCGCAGCUGUGGACCUGCCAUUCACUACGUAGCAUGAGUCCAGACUACGCCGUUGGAAGUCCUGCUCUGGCACGUCGUGCAGGACACGAAGAGUCCACACCUCUCAGUUCUAGCCCCACCUCUAUCAGCCAGUCCCAGCCCACUUUGUGCCUGCAGCCUCCAAGUGAUAGUCACGAAUUAUCUUGCCUUUUGUCCAGUGCUCCUACAGGAGCAUCCACACAGAGCUUGCUAGAUGCGUUACCCUCUUACUCCAAUCUCAACCUUCCACGAGCCUCAAAUGAGGCUAUUUACGCUCUAAUGUCUGCCCCCCCACCUCAUAAUCUGAUCCAGGAUACCUCUCUCUUCCAAAUCGAUGACUCGCUCCCCUCCAUCCAAUCUGUCUCUUCUUUAGAUUCAGGAUCCCCACACAGGGAUGUUCUAGAGUCCUGUGUUCCCCUGGGCAAUGCAGCUGCUUUAGAGCACACAAGUUUGGAGUGCCUGCUGGGAAACAGAGACUCCAUGGAAAGCAGGGACAGCGAAAGUGCAUCAUCUCGAAGGUCCAGCAUUGGCGUCCAGACUCAGAGCACUGAGCAGUCUUGGUGCCUGGACCUCACAGACUGAAGUGUCCAUGUUUUUAUGGACAGAGCAGGAUGAAACAUCACUCAGAAAGACCCUACAUUUAUUGACACACGACUUCUUUCAGUGUUUAAAAAAACUGGAGAUUGUUGGUGGGUGCUCUAUUUUCCUCUUUUGAUUCUUGGGCUCUCACAUUUGUCACUUUCUAUGCAAAAGCAUGUAUGUGUGCAUUAUGUUGGCUUUAAUGAAGUGUGUCUUCUACUAAACCUCCACGACAGUGGCUGCAGUAUAUGUUGUAUAUUUUUUCCAACAUCCUCAGAGCAUUUUGCCAUCGACAAUACCUGUUACCUCCUUGCAUGGUAAAGUUUUUUAUUCUUUUUCCUAAGGAAAAGGUUUCCAAGUUAAUGUGUAAGCAUUUCACAUGAAAACCUAAUGAUUGUGUGCACAAAUACUGUAUUUAUAAGCCAGAAAAGUCAUAGGUAUGGGAUAUCUGAAUAUACAAAGGAACAAAUUGGUCUCUUGACUUUGCAUGUAUGAAACAGAGUAUGUCCACCUAUUUACAUACAUUUUCGUUUUUACCCUAAUGUUUUUCUCAGUUAAGCAUUCUCAUUUCUAAAUUCAUAAAGUUUCAGACUGGUGAGUACCAUUGAAGUCUAAGUAUGACUGUACAAAUAACUAAUGAAUUCAGCUAAAAUUGAAUUGAACAUUUCCUUUCUUUGCUCUCCAGAUGAUUUUUCCAGAGAUUUUAGUGAUUUUCCAUUCAUAUACCUAGCAUCUACGAUAAACAUAUCUGCAGAUAAAUUAAACAGAAAUCUGUAUUUAGGAAUAAAGUGGGUCCCAUAAAAUAUUUCAAUCUUUGUCAUUUGCACAAUAUGAAUGCCUUGGCGUUGCUAACUGAUGCACCUAUUAAGAUAUUCUAAGUAUUCAGAAGUUUUUGUUUUUUUGAAUGAUUCCUGUUUGGUUGACAAAAUAAAUAUGCAG